UUAGAUCUGGUAUACCCGGGCCUUUUUGGUCUCUCAAAAUUAAAUGUUGCGCAAAUAUUUAUCCCUACAAAAGUAUAUCAAGGAGGAAGAUGGCGGUGGCCCACAAACGACAACUGCCGGUCCAUCCGCUGGUAAUGUGGCAAAUGCCACCACAGCCCUAGCCGGUGGUAAAAGCUCAAGCAAUAACAUGUAUUCCACCCGCCAAUCUGUAAGCACCACAACCGGUGUACUUAUGGUCGGACCAAAUUUUCGUGUCGGUAAAAAAAUUGGCUGUGGUAAUUUUGGCGAAUUGCGUUUAGGCAAAAAUCUUUACAACAAUGAACAUGUAGCAAUAAAAAUGGAGCCUAUGAAGUCAAAGGCUCCGCAACUACACUUAGAGUAUAGGUUUUAUAAACUAUUAGGAUCACAUGCCGAUAACGCCCCAGAUGGCAUACCACGCAUUUAUCAUUUGGGCACUUGCGGUGGCCGUUACAAUGCCAUGGUUUUAGAGUUAUUGGGAUUAUCAUUAGAAGAUCUCUUCAAUAUUUGCGCCCGUAAAUUUUCACUUAAGACUGUAUUGAUGAUAGCGAAACAACUUCUCCACCGGAUCGAAUAUGUUCAUAGUCGGCACUUAAUAUAUAGGGACGUGAAACCAGAGAACUUUCUCAUUGGCAGAACGUCAACAAAACGUGAAAAAAUUAUACAUAUAAUUGAUUUCGGUUUGGCCAAAGAAUACAUUGAUUUAGAUACAAAUAGGCAUAUACCAUAUCGGGAGCAUAAGUCCCUAACUGGAACGGCACGUUAUAUGUCAAUCAACACGCAUAUGGGGCGUGAGCAGUCGCGACGCGACGAUCUGGAGGCAUUGGGUCAUAUGUUUAUGUAUUUCUUAAGAGGUUCACUGCCGUGGCAAGGCCUGAAGGCUGAUACACUCAAGGAGAGAUAUCAAAAAAUCGGUGAUACGAAACGAGCAACGCCCAUCGAGGUGCUUUGCGAUGGACAUCCGGAAGAGUUUGCGACAUAUUUGCGUUACGUACGGCGGUUAGAUUUUUUCGAAACUCCCGACUAUGAUUUUCUGCGAAGACUGUUUCAAGACUUAUUCGAUCGUAAGGGAUACACCGACGAGGGCGAGUUCGACUGGACAGGGAAGACAAUGUCAACGCCCGUCGGAUCUCUGCAAACUGGCCAUGAAGUCAUCAUUUCACCAAAUAAAGAUCGUCAUAAUGUUACGGCUAAGACAAAUGCCAAAGGAGGUGUUGCUGCGUGGCCUGAUGUGCCAAAGCCGGGGGCAACACUGGGCAAUCUAACGCCGGCCGAUCGGCAUGGUUCAGUGCAGGUUGUGAGUUCGACGAAUGGCGAACUAAAUCCGGACGAUCCCACGGCCGGACACUCAAACACGCCCAUCACACAGCAGCCGGAAGUCGAAGUGGUCGAUGAAACAAAUGGUUCCUUAUAUUCCAGAUGUUGUUGUUUCUUUAAACGAAAGAAGAAGAAAUCGACGCGCCAAAAAUGACUAGACGGUGUACAAUGUAGUCCAGAACGCGAGGCAGUCACCCUGCUGCGCGCCACUUCACAUUCAAACUCACGGGAUAGCGUAUUGAAUAAUCCGAGUCAGGAUUAUAUCCAGCAGGCAACGUCGCAGCACACGUUGCGUUAUCCUCCAUCCGCGUCGAUGCUGACGCCAACACCAACUACAAACACACCGACACUUCCGUUGUAAUUUAUAUAAAUAUAAAGCCAGAUGCAAAAUGCAAAAAGCAACAAAAAAAAUAUAUUAAAUCAAACAAAACGAAACCCAACAAGAAAACAAAAACAAAAGAACCCCCGUAAACAUUAAAUACACUAAAAACAGUAAAAACAAACAAAAUGAAACCAAUUUUGAUUAAUUAUUGUAA